AUGGUGGUGAGAGAAGGGCGCUGUGGCCGAAGGCAGCGGGCGCUGCUGUGCUGCGUGUUGGUGGCGGUGUGGGAGGCGGCGUGGGGGCAGCUGCGCUACUCGGUGCCCGAGGAGCUGCCCAAGGGCUCGUUCGUGGGCGACGUGGCCGAGGACCUGGCGCUGGAGAUGGCGGCACUCCAUGACCGCGGCACCCGCAUCCUGGACAAAGGCAGGACGCACGCCGACCCGCUGCAGUUCUUUCCCAUUGAGGUGUCCGUGGAGGACAUCAAUGACCACUCGCCGGUCUUCCCAGACGAACGCGUGACCUUUAGGAUUCUGGAAACCAGCGACCCGGGCUCCCGUUUCCCUGUGGAGGCUGCUCAGGACCUGGACGUAGGCAGCAAUGACAUCCAGGCUUACAGCAUCGUUCCUGAGAAUGAGUUCUUCGCUGUCUCCUAUCAGACUCACGGUGAAAGUAAUAAUGUUCUUGAACUGGUUUUACAGCUGCCUUUAGACAGGGAGGAGAUGCCAGAGUUGGAUUUCACCCUCGUUGCCACGGAUGGUGGCUCUCCACCGAGGAGUGGUUCCACUCAAAUCCACAUCAUAGUUCUGGAUGUAAAUGACAAUGCUCCCACCUUCACACAGAAGCUGUACAAUGCAAAGAUUUUCGAAAACGCUCCAGAAGGCUCUGUGGUUCUCAGAGUGGUAGCCACCGAUGCAGACGAGGGAAUUAAUGGUGACAUUUCCUAUCAGUUCAGCCAAGCAGCAGUACAGAUCCUGUCAGCAUUCAUCAUUGACCCCAGUAGUGGUGAAAUCCGUAUCACGAAGCCUUUGGAUUACGAGGUUGCACAGAAAAACGAGUUCAGUGUGCGGGCAGUGGAUGGUGGAGGACUGUCAGCACUCUCUAAAGUGUUGGUAGAGGUGGUGGAUGUGAAUGACAAUGCACCAGAUAUCGUGGUCAGUUCUUUCAACAGCCCAAUCCCUGAGAAUGCAGCACCUGGCACUGUGGUCGCACUGUUUGCUGUUAGGGAUCAGGAUUCCGGUGUGAAUGGGGAGAUCAGCUGUGCCCUCGAAGAACAGCUGCCCUUCUCCCUCCGGCCAGCCUUUAAGAACUACUACGAGCUGGUGACCGUGAGCGCGUUGGACCGGGAGAAAACAGCACGUUACAGUGUAAUCGUCACGGCAGCAGAUGCAGGGUCUCCUCGUCUGAGCAGCAGCCACACGUUCACCGUGGACAUCUCCGACGUGAAUGACAACGCGCCCGUCUUCAACCAGACGUCGUACACCAUGUACGUGCACGAGAACAACAUAGGGAUUGUGAAAGUCUUCCCCAGCAAAGGCUCUAGCUGCGUGGCCCAAGCUGCAGAAAGCAAAGGUAAGAACUGGGAGAAGGAAGAUCUGCCUACUGUCAGUGAAGAUCAGAUUGGUGAUCAUGUAAAGAACCUGCAGGAAUCACUGCUGGGAGUGGUGUUAUUUAACAUCUUUGGAGGUGACAUGGCCAGUGGAAUUGAGUGCACGCUCAGCAGUAUUGCAGAUGACACACGGCUAAGUGAUGGAGUUGACAUGCUAGAGGGAAGGGAUGCCAUCCAGAGGAACCUGGUCAGGCUGAAGAGGUGGUCCCAUGCCAACCUCAUGAAGAUCAACCAAGACAAGUGUGAGGACCUACAUCUGCUUCAAGCCAAUCCCUAG